AUGUCAGCAGACAUUGCGGGACCCUCUCCUGAGCCGUUGAGGACCAGAUCCCGUCGGCAGAGCGGGGCAACUGCGAAUAGGAAGAGCUCGACCCCGGCGAGGAGCCAGGAGCAGGAUGCAAAAGAGACCGGGGACCCCAGGAAAUCCGGGGAACCAACUUCCGAAUGGAAAGUGGAAUUAUUGGAGUUUCUUCGACAGAUGAGGGACGAAUUCGGAGCCAGGAACGAGGGGUUAUUGAAGUUGCAUCGCCAAGCGACUGAGGAAAUCCGAGCCAACACAGAAAGCGGAGCCAUCGCCGUGACGACCGAAGAUGGGACCAACAUGAGUUCCUUCCUUCGUUUGUUCGAAAAGGAAUUCCGGGAAAGGGGGGUACCAGAAGAACAGUGGGGAUCCCGUUUAAAGUACUACUUUUCGAAAAGGAAUUCCGGGAAAGGGGGGUACCAGAAGAACAGUGGGGAUCCCGUUUAA